AAAAGCCCAUCUCACGGAUCUUGCCCCUCUCUUUCUCUCCACCUCCUAUAUAUAUAAUAUAACUAUAUAAAUUGUUCACACCAGCUCUCUAUCUCUGCAUAAAAGGCGUUGAGAGAUUCAAGUCAUCUGGGUCCAAAAUAUUCUAAACUCUGCUACUGCUCUGCAACAUUAUCAGCUUCUACAUUGAUUGGAACACCAAUUUUGAAAAGCACACAUGGCUUCUUGGAAAAAAACCAUCACAUCUCCAUUCAGGAAAGCUUGCACUUUCUUCAACCAGCAGCCAGGCAGAGAUCAGAAGAAAUCCCAGCUGCAAGGGAAUGAAAGUAGUGUGAUGGCUCUGCAUGGUGAAGUGAUGGCAUGCUCAUAUGAAGAUGUUCAGGUGAUGUGGUCUAUUCUGGACAAGUCCAAGCCCUCAGCCUGCAACAUCACUGCUUCUUAACACAGAUGGAUGGCUAAAAAAUAGGCCAAUAUCCAUCCCCAAAAAACAAAACAAAAAAACCCGAAAAAAAAAAGGAAGAAAACAAAGAAAGACCCAAUUCAGCAAUUAGCAUAUCUGUGUAUACCAUUUGGGUCAUGCUAGCUUGCAUCAUUUUGGUUCUCAUUAAUUACUUGUAGAUGGAGGUGUUAGAUGAUCAACUUGUUCUGCUGUUCAAAACUACCAAGAAAAAAAAAAGAUGGGGGGGAUUUGUGAGGCUUAAUUGUAAAAUUGCCCCCAUUACAAGAAAGUUUUUUUAGUUUCUAAUUGUUAAAUGAAUGAACUAGGCAAUCCCUGUGAUUAAAGAUCACAGUGAGAUUUAUUAAUGGAAAUUUAGAAGAAAACAAAUUUAAUCAGCUUCUUCU